GGGAAUCUGACAAAAGGGAAAGAGGGGAGCAGCAUCAAAAGGAGAGACAGAGCUUGGAGAUUAUAAGUCUGGGAAGUGUGUAGUUUGCAGGGAGGGAAAAUGCUCCGUCUCUCUCUGCCUCUCCUCGCCAUCUGCCUGGCAGCUUGGGCCCCCAGCGUGGUGGAUGGGGCCCCCCGCACGGCCGCCCCCACCCUCCUGCAACGCAAGCCCAGCAAGAGCCCCACCGCAGCAAGCCAGGUGACAGCAGCGCUCCCCAGGGCACCUUCCGCCUCACCUGAGCCCUCCAGGAGAAAGCAGGUGAGGGGAACAGCCCGUCCAGAGCUCACCUCACUUGCUAACCUCAGGACCACAGUCACACCUGGCAGACAGGGCAAGGAAGCGCCCUUUGCUACCACCAGCCAAGCCCAGAAGACCAGGGUGGCCACGGAGAAGCCGGUUCUUGGGAAGAAAGUUGUGAAGAAGGUGGUGAAGAAGAAAGUCAAACUUUCCCCCCAGGAAAGAGCUGCCAAAGAAGCCUCAGAAUGCCCCCCGCUGGGCCUCGAGUCUCUGAGGGUGAAGGACUUCCAGCUCCGGGCUUCUAGCUACAAGCGAAUGGGCCUCGGACCCCAUCGUGGGAGACUCAACAUACAGUCUGGCAUCAACGAUGGCGAUUUCUAUGACGGCGGCUGGUGCGCUGGGCAUGACAACAAGAACCAGUGGCUGGAGGUGGAUGCCCGGCAGCCGACCCGUUUCACCGGAGUCAUCACACAAGGCCUGAACUCCAUUUGGACAUAUGACUGGGUAACAUCGUAUAAGAUCCAGUUCAGCAACGACACUCACAGCUGGCAGCCGUGCAUGAAUGGGAGUGAGGAGAUGGUCUUCUCCGGAAACAAGGACCCCGAGACGCCGGUCCUCGGCCUCUUCCCCACUUCAGUGGUGGCACGAUACAUCCGCAUCAACCCCCAAACGUGGUUUGAGAAUGGGACCAUCUGCCUGAGGCUGGAGGUCCUGGGUUGCGUAGUGCCAGACCCCAACAACAUCUACUCGUGGGACAUGGCGCCUGUGACCACAGACAAAUUGGACUUCAGGCACCACAACUACAAGGACAUGAGGAAGCUGAUGAAGAAGGUGAACGACGCCUGUCCCAACAUCACCCGGGUAUACAGCAUCGGGAAGAGCUACCUGGGACUGAAAAUGUACGUCAUGGAGAUUUCCGACAAUCCUGGACAGCAUGAAGUUGGGGAGCCCGAGUUCCGCUAUGUCGCUGGCAUGCAUGGCAACGAGGCUCUGGGCCGGGAGCUGCUGCUCAACCUGAUGGAAUACCUCUGCCACGAGUACAAGCAGGGCAACCCUCGCAUUGUACGCCUGGUCACAGAGACCCGAAUCCACCUGCUGCCCUCCAUGAACCCGGACGGCUACGAGACGGCCUACAAACUGGGCUCUGAGCUGUCCGGCUGGGCGAUGGGUCGUUGGACAUACGAAGGCUUCGACCUCAACCACAACUUUGCUGACCUCAACACGGCCCUGUGGGACGCAGAGGACAACGAGAUGGUGCCACACAAGUUCCCCAACCACUACAUCCCCAUCCCAGAGUAUUACACUUUCCCCAAUGCCACGGUGGCCCCAGAGACUCGGGCAGUCAUCAACUGGAUGCAGCGCUACCCUUUCAUGCUCAGCGCCAACCUGCACGGAGGGGAGCUGGUGGUCACCUACCCCUUCGACAUGACGCGCACCUACUGGAAGGCCCAGGAGCUGACUCCCACAGCCGACGAUGCCGUCUUCCGGUGGCUGGCAACAGUUUACGCCACUUCCAACUUGGCCAUGGUGGAUGACGACCGGCGCCUCUGCCACUACGAUGAUUUCAUGAGGGAAGGCAACAUCAUCAAUGGGGCGAACUGGCACACAGUGCCUGGAAGUAUGAACGACUUCAGUUACCUUCACACCAACUGUUUUGAGAUCACCAUCGAAUUGUCCUGUGACAAGUUCCCACACGAGUCGGAGCUGCCCCGGGAAUGGGAGAACAACAAGGAGUCCUUGCUGGUCUACAUGGAGCAGACCCGAAGGGGCAUCAAAGGCAUCGUCCGAGACAAAGACACGGAGCAGGGCAUUGCGGACGCCAUCAUUUCGGUGGAUGGCAUCAACCAUGACAUUCGGACAGCUUUCGACGGGGACUACUGGCGCCUGCUAAACCCCGGUGAGUACGAAGUCACUGCUGCGGCCGAGGGCUACCAUUCCGUCACCCGGAGUUGCCGUGUCUCUUAUGAAGACAACCCCACCCUGUGUGAAUUCCGCCUGACAAAGACACCCAAGCAACGGCUGAGGGAGAUCCUGGCCAAAGGGGGCAAGGUCCCCAAGGAUCUCGCCUUGCGCCUUCGCCAGCUGCGGCUGCACAAACUGCGGUCCCAGAAACGGGCUCAGUGAGGGGGACCCUUUGACCUCUUCCUGGACAGAAAGCUGCUUCUCAGACUCCCAUUGCCUUCUUCUUCCGAUCUUAGUGGAUUCUUUCUUCAGCCUGAACGUUUUGAGUUUCUAGACACAGACCUCCGUGCCGUUGGCCUUCAAACUAUCUUGUGAUUUCUGGCCUUUGGGGAAAUUAGAUAUACCGGUAAAUCAGCCCCAGAAUUUGUUCCCAGCCCCUCAAGCAAUCGUGACAAUAUUAUCGUCGUCAUCAUUGUUUCAGCACAAUGUUCGCCAUCUUGGCACUCAUCAAGAUCCAUGUGUUUUUAAGUUCUACUUAUUAUGAACAUGUCAGAAAUGGUGCUGAAUUUCUAAAGCAACCUCUUUUGGUUUAAGCGCACCUGCACAUGCCUCUCCCGGAAGCCGUUCCCUUUAAGCUCAGAUGUGCAGAGGCUGGUUGUAGCCAUUCAGCACUCUGCUCAUGCACAAAGAAACACUCAUUCCUCAUUCCUUCACAUGUCCCAGGGUCAAACCCUGACACUGAAAAAAAAUGGUUCUGGCUGAGUCCUGAAGUCACAUGAAAUCCCAGUUCAAAGCAAUGCCAUCUGCCCAGAGGCAAGCAAGUCCGUUUUUCCUUCCUCUUGAUUAUCAGCCAAUAUUUAGUGUAUGAAUUGAGUUUACCGAAGGACUAACCUGCAUGUGGAUUUUCCGUGAUUUGUCAGGAGUUGGUGUCAGUUGAAGGAAAUCUGAACAGAGGGGUGGGUAUAAAUCCCACCAAUAGGGCCAGAACUUUAGAGAGCUGCUGUCCCUUUACGAUGGACAUGGAAGCCAGGCCAUUAGCUGUGGCUUCUUCCAUGAAUGCAGCAUUCUUCUGGGUAAAGCCUCACCUAUCCCAGGAAAGAAAACUUCCUUCCAUAGAACUCUUAAAAGGGCAGGAAUACUCUCAAGGACUGACAAGCUAGUCAAGGGAUCAAAGAACGGCAAGCAAGAGAAAACCCCACAAGGACACCCCUUAAUAAAAUGAUGAAAUCCAUCAAGAACUCAUCCCUGAACCUCCUCAUGUUAAUGCACUACAACUCCCAUCAUCCCUGGUCACUGGGUCUGCUUCCUGGGGCUGAUGGGAGUUGUGGUUCAUCAAUGUCUGGAGGGCCAAAGGUUCACCACACUGGUGCUAACAAAAUGGUUUCUUGACAGCCCAGCGCCACAAUAAAUUAAUGUUGUUAUCUGGGCUCCUAGCUUCUGAGUUCAGUGGGUGCCUUGCUGCUGAGGGCGUUGUCUUCAUUCUAAGGACCAGAUUCACACAAACAGUGCUGGCCUCCCUUCAAGUACAGCCUUCCUCAACCUUGUUGCCUUCCAGAUGUUUUGGGUUGCAACUCCCACCAUCCCUGAACUUUGGGAAGAAGAUGGGAGCUGGAGUCUGGAGGGCACUAAGUUGGGGAAAGCUGACAUAGGUAAUCAAGACUGAAGGACCGCCAGCCCCCAAAUUUCUUCUUCUUCUUUGGCGAUCACUCGUAGCCAAGUAAGAGAGCCAGUGUGGUGUAGUGGGUAAGAGCGGU